GCCAAAGUUGUAGCUACCACCACACACUCACAGCAAUUUAGCAACUCAAAAUUAACUAUAAAUUGGUUUGAAAUGCCUUUGAUUGUCAAAGAUUACACAUGGACACAGACAGAAAUGAUUGUUUACAUAAAUGUACCAUUAAAAGGAGUAAAGGUUGGGAAAGUAGAUAUCUUUUCCACAGACGAAUAUCUGAAGGUACAUUUCCCCCCGUUUUUAUUUGAAGCCUUCCUGUCUGAGCCGAUAGAUGAUGACAAAAGCACAGCAAAAAUUGGAAAUGGAGUUGCAGUUUUCACAUUGCAGAAAAAGAAGGAGAGACUGUGGGAACACCUUGUGAUUAAUAACAAUGACAAAGACAAAUCGAGAGAGAUCAGGGAAAGAGCACUCUUGAAAGCCCAGGAAAAGCUUGCUGCUGAGUCGAAAGCCAAAGCCACGAAAACACAAGAAGAAAGAAAAUAUGCACUGGAGACCAUGAUGAAGCUUGAAGAAGAGGGGAGAGCCAAGAUCCAGAAAAUGAAGGAUGAUGAAUGUGAGAAAGCAACAGCACAGUUGGAGGCAUGGAAACUGAAGCAGAGACAAAUAGCAGAGGAGGAGGCCCAACUAAAGCUACAAAGUCAGAGAAUCAAGGUUGACAAACAAAGCAAAUCGGAAAAGAUACAUGUACCCAGAACAUCAGACCAAUGCAAGGUCAAGCAUGAUCAGAAAAACAGUGUUCAAUCAAUCAGCAAGAAAAAACAGGUGGAUUUGCCAGCUCCAAGAUCCACAGGCAACAUUCAAAUCAAGUUCACACCACGAGUGUUUCCCACGGCCCUACGAGAAUCAAGAGUACCAGAGGAGGAAGAGUGGCUUCAGAAGCAGGCCGAGGCCAGAAGGGCAAUAAAUGUAAACCUGGCAGAGCUGAAGGACCUGACAGAAGAAGAGAGGAACCCUGACUGGUUAAAGGAGAAAGGAGACAAAUUGUUUGCAACAGGUAACUACUUGGCUGCGAUCAAUGCUUACAGCCUUGCCAUAAAGCUUAACAGAAAGAUUCCUACCAUAUAUUCAAACCGUUCUGCUUGUCACUUGAAACUAAGGAAUCUUCAUAAAGCCAUUGAGGAUUCCUCUUGGGCACUUGAUCUGUUGACGCCACCCGUGGCUGGCAAUGCAGGUGCCAGAACAAGAGCUCAUGUAAGACGAGGCACAGCUUUUUGUGAACUGGAGCUCUAUACUGAAGGUCUGUGCAACAUCAACAAGGGCAUUUCUCAAGCUAUAUGGCUCCCCUUGGCACUUUCUAUUUUAGUUUUAGAUCUCAUUGUUAUUCAUACUUGGACAAGUGAAAUGCAAAAAAGAGAAUACUUUGCACAAUACACUGCAUCUCAGUGCUAGAGGUGUCACUACAGACACCCUGGUUCGAAUCCAGGCUGUAUCACAACCGGCCAGGAUUGAGAGUCCCAUAGGGUGGCGCACAAUUGGCCCAGCGUUGUCCGGUGUAGGCUGUAAUUGUAAAUAAGAAUUUGUUCUUAAUUGACUUGCCUAGUUAAAUUUAAAAAACAAUGUAAAGAUUAUGUACUGUAGCCCCAGAGAUGGGUGUUUUGUACUUUACCCUCUGUAACACUGACCUCUGCUGGCUAAAAAGUAGAUUCUUUUGUUUGUUCUGCCCAGAAUGAAAAGCCGACUGGCCUUGUGACUGAAAUAAUGCAGCUGUGGAUAUCCUAGGCUAGGAAGUAGGGAUAGUUGGUUUAGCAGCCUAUGCCUACCAUGGCUGGUGCAGUCAGCUAAACUUUUUUUCUCUUGGAAAUAUUUUCAUAGGUCUUCAAGAUUACCAGGCUGCUUUGACAAUUGAUCCUCAAAAUGAAACUCUACAAGCUGACACACACAAAAUCAGACAAAUCAUCCAAGGGAGUGCACCCUGU